AUGGAUAUAGUGUUCCAGAAUCGGCGCUUGCAAACACUCGCGCCAUUCGGCGAGCAGGUGAAGAGUCCGUUGGUGCUGGCGAAAGCGAGCUCCACCGACUCCCCGAGCCGAGCCCGUAACCCCCAAACGCCGAACCCCAAACGCCAAACGCUACUUCUCGCCAGCCCGACGCAUGUUUAUCUAAACCGAUCGAACGGGACAACCGAUGCGAGCGCCAGUUCCGUUGGGUCGGCGGACAAAAAGGUCAGUCGGUACAGCAACCGAGAAAUCGGGUACAACUGUCAGUCGCCAGCAGAGACGUCGCAAGAGGCCGGUUGA